AUGGGAGUGAAUGAAGCAGAGGAACGACUCAUUCAACGCACUAUCACGCUAAACACGCUGCAGACAAGUAACCUACAGCCCCAAUUUCAAUUGGAGCCGCCGUUCGUGCAGGGGAGCUCCCAUGAUGGCCCUCAAUCCACGGUUGACGAAGAAUCUUUCCCUGACUAUGCCAACGAGAUCGACACGGGAAUGGAGUCACCGAAUCACCCUGAUGUUGACCAAAACGAGGACAAGUCUUCCGAUGGCACCUCGGACAUCCAAGAGCAUGAAAAAGAUGAUAUUAAAAUUCAAUACCACCUGAAAUCUGGCAAGCCAGAGGAGAUUUACCACUUCCAUGAGUACUCACCUACCAAACCCAAUAAUGUUGACAUCCCAGUGGAUACUGAGCCCUGGAGACCCUUCCAUACACAACUUGAUUUUGAACUUGCUGAGCUAAUGCUUGACACGCACAUGAAUGCAACUCAGACAGAAACUCUUCUUUCGCUAAUUCACCAAUGCAUCAAAUGCCCAGAUUCCCUCACCAUUUCAAAUAUGAAGGAUCUCAAUCGUGUUUGGGAACAAGCACGCAAAACUUGUGCAACAGGGUUCACCCAUGAGACUAUCAAGGUUGACUACAAAGGAAAUGACAAGGUGUUUGAGGUUUCCACAUGCCCUCUCUGGGAUUGGUGUUUCGAUCUUGUCUCAGAUCCCCAUGUUGUCUCUCAAUUUCACUGGGAUGCUGAGCGCUAUUAUAAAUUCGAUGGGAAGCGCACAUGGGUGCGCUUCAUUGAUGAACCUUGGACAGCAGAUGACUGGUGGGACAUCCAGUCACAGCUUCCGGAUGGUGCAAGCCCUAUCUGCAUUAUUAUCUAUGCUGAUAAGACACAACUUUCAUCAUUUGGUACUGCCAAGGGAUAUCCUGUCUUGGCAAGAUGUGCAAAUCUCCCAACUGAUGUAUGCAAUGGAGAAGGGAAGGCAGGAGGGAGACUUGUGGGAUGGCUUCCUAUUAUUGAAGAGGAUGCUGGCGAAACUGGCAAGAAAGGAGAUGUCAACUUCAAAUGA